AUGUCAGCUGCUAAUCAACCACGAGAAGAAGGCUCACGGUUCAGACUACGCCAGCGGCUGAAUGGACUCAUUCAGAGGCGAGGUCAUAAUUCUCCAACUGGCCGUGUUGCUGUCGUAGAGAGUCCAGGCGAACCUACCACCCAAGCCCUCCCAACAGAAAAUACGGCGGGAGUCACUCUGAGGAGCGAGACAGUCAUCCCCCUUGACCAACCCAGCAGGUCUCUUGAAACCGCUACGGUCAUUAUAGACCGUUUGCCAUCCGAUGAUGCCUCUCCCCCCGCCGCUGUCUCUGGCACAGCAGCCAACGGACGCUUGACUACCUCUCCUCCAACUUCUACUCAUGAGGCGGCACCAGCUCCUGAAACUGACACAGACACAGACACUGACGUGGCCGCGGUUGCGCCUGCGGAUCAUUGGAGUAAGGCCUACCGAGAAGCAGUAGAGAGCAUGGGCGAAGAAGUGGAUGUUACUAUCCUCAAGGGGGAGAGCAUCGCCCAGCUAUUCAAAGAGCUCGAGACAGUUGAUAAGGACGCGACAGACGAGUCCACUUUCCUGCGAGGAGUCCGAUACCUCAACUCAAUACAGGCCCCGCUGGACCGAAUCAAGAUGGUUUUGGACAUAUCGGCGCCUCUCACAGCGCUUGAGCCCACAACCUCUGCCGUAUUUGGGGUUAUGAGAGGUGUUACAGCGCUCGCCAUAAGUGUUGCUACUGCAGAUUUCGAGUUUGCCAAAAAGAUCGUGGAAAUGCUGAGGCAGAUUUCGUAUAUUAGCGAUUGCGAUAUCAUCGGCCAGAGGGAAGACAGAGUUGAUAUUCACAAAGCACUCGUGUCGGUCUAUCGGAAACUCAUCGAGUUCUAUGCAGCUGCUUAUCAGUUUCUGUCCAAGAGAAGGGCUAAGUUGGUAUUGGCCGUUGUAUCAGACACUGGUACUCUACCGACUCUGGUCCAGGACAUUUCGAAAGAAGUCGAAAACCUCCGCAAGGUUGUUGAGAAAGCCACUCUCGAUAUCGCCCAGGACAUCAAGACUAUGAUGUGUGAUGAGAAAGUCUCACAAUGGCUGGGCCGUGACAAGCAGAGUCAGCAGAGCCGCCAUCAUGGCGAUUUCAAUCACCUUCGAGAUGACGCAGCUUGCAACUUCGUGCUAGAACAGCCCGAGUUCAAAACUUGGUACCGAGCACCCGACUAUCAACAGCUGGUUAUUAUUGGAGAUAUGGGAAGUGGCAAGAGUGUGAUAAUGAGCUUUCUUAUUCAGGAGCUACGUCGGAGAGCCGAGCACCAGCUCGAAAAGCCCAUGGUUCUAUACCACUAUUGCCAGAAUGAUGAAACCGGGCAUGUGUUGUGUAUCUUCUCUUCCUUGAUUCUGUCACUUCUUCAACAGCGUGUUGGGCUGAAGAGAGCCUUCUUCGACUGGUAUAAGCAAGAUCUGCUCAGUGGAAAUUUCGAACCCGCGACAAAUGCCCACAUGUUGAUUGAAAUUUUCGAACAAACUGUCCUAAGGCUCAAUCGACCUCUUUUCCUGAUAGUUGACGGUCUAGACGAGUGCGACGCAGGCUCCCUCCACAUGCUUCUUCAGUCACUACGCAGCUUGUCUCAGAAGAUCUCGGGGCUAAAAGUUGUGCUGUCUUCUCGACCCUGGGGGGGAAUACUGGAUCAACUAGAGGGAUCUCUGAGGGUCGAUAUUUGUGCUGAUCCAGGCAGAGAUAAAGUCAUCGCUGAAAAGACCGUCAAAACAAGAUUAGGAUACCUUGACGCACGUCUCCAAGAGCUCAUUAUCGAGAGGCUGUCUAGUCUUGCAAGAGGAAGUGCCAUAUGGACCAAGAUGACUGUCGAAGCCAUUGCUGCGAAGAAGAUCAUGGCACGUGGCCGCAUGAACAAGUUUCUGGAAGAGAUGCCACAACCACGGGACCUGUCAAAACUAUACACCGAUCUGUUCAUCCGAUGCGCGGGCAAGGAGCCAGAGGCCCAAAUUAUGGCAGCUACAGCCUUGGAAGUUCUGGGUGCGGCCAGAAGACGGUUGAGCAUCCUAGAACUUGCUUGGGCUGUCGCAACGGGGACAGUUGAUGGAGAUAUUACCACUGUCGCAGGGGUUGCUGAACUGGUCGACUAUCAAGGCGUUAUGGCCCUCAUCCAACCAUUUGUUGCUGGCGUCGAUUUCGAUGAUGUCAAGAGACGGCAGGUUAUUGUUGCUCACCAAUCGGUCAAAGAAUUUAUAUUGAGCGACCUCGGUGCAACCCGGCCUGGACAUAACAAUUCGGAAAACCCUACAAGGUUGGAGAAUGUCAUCUUGAACAUAUGUAUUCGAUACCUGCUUCUCGACGAGAUCGACGAGGCUUCCAUUCUUUCCGAUGAGCAGACGGCUAUGGAGGAACUACCACAAGACGCGGAUAUCUUUAGUGAUGUCACUGCAUCCCCCAGCUUCACUAUGGAUUGCUCGUGGGAGAACUGGGAGGAUGGCAUGAUUCGCUACGACCCAGCUGACCGAGGAUUCGGCGAGUUCUUCGUCUAUGCCUCUUGCAACUGGAUACAUCAUUUCACCUUUGUUACCAAAGAGCCUCUCCCUGAUCUUAGUAGCAUUGAAAGGCUGUGCCAGCCCAACUCGACUCGAUUACUGAAUUGGACCAGCCAAAAUAGUCGGCCGGACUGCGUAGUCCAGGCAAGAUUUGAGUUUGACGGCAGCUUGUACGACCCCUUGAGCAUCACGUCGCUCUACGGAUCGGAAGUGGUGCUGCUCAAGAUGCUUGAAACAUCUGACUUGGAGUCUCCCAAAUUCUUACCCAACACAGCUAUGAUCGCUGUUGAGCAGGUCCUACAAUGGGCCGACUUACGCAGACUUGGAAUGCUGUUUCAUGGACGCGGAACUGGUUGCCAUCUUCAGAAUAUUGGCUUCUUUCGUCGUAUCAUCGAAUGGUGGCGCUCUCCAAGCAUAAAUAACAGCCAGGACUGGGAUGCUGCAUUUGACGUUAUCAACGAUAUCUCUGACAUCUUAAUCCGGGAAAGAUGGGGUAACGAGCUCCUAUGCCUGGCCGCCAGUCACGGCUGUAUGCCCAUCAUUAAACGCUUGAUGAAUAACGCACAGCAGAAUGUUGACCUCAAAGAGGAACUGCUACGUGCGCCUCAGCGCCAACCUCGAAGCUUGGCUCAUCCAGGUCACCAGUCCGUUGGAGAGGCCGCAUUGGCUGGCCAUGUUGAUGUUGUCAGGUUCUUGUUAGAGCAAGAUGGUAUUCAAGGGCAUCUUCGUCACCGCAACUCAAAAGGUGAAAACGUCCUACACUUGGCAUCUGAGCAGUGUAAGCCUGCUAUUUUUCGAGUUCUGGCACCUCGCUUUUGUGAAGGCUUAUCACAGAGAGAUUGCCAGGGCAGAACUGCGUUGAUGCGAGUGGUUGAGAGCUCAUCCACUUUACAAAAUCACAUCGAGUCUGCUCAAGUACUCCUGUCACUGAGCGCAGUCGACCAGAGAAUGUUGUCGAAGGAUCAACAAGACCUGUUGCACAUGGCGGAGCAAAUGCAUGACCAGGCGAUACACAAUCUAUUGUCCAAAUUCUGUGAGCCUCACCCAAUUGGCACUACUUAA